UAAAUAUAAUGCAAUAAUAAUAACGAUACGUGGCGGAGUAAUUUUAUAACAAUGGUUACGACGAAGAGGUGCGCUUGGGGAACCUGCAAAAGCGAUUCGCGGUAUCCUGAUCGUUUAAAACGAGACGCAAGUAGAAGCAAAGUAUUUUUUUUACAUUUUCCUGGGGAGAAAUACCAUAGCAACAAGCGAGAGCGCUGGAUUCGUGCGUGUCAUCGAGGUGACAGAUUUGUGUGUACGAAAGACAGUUAUAUUUGCAGUCUUCAUUUUGUGGGAGAAAAUGGUCCUACUGUAGAUAACCCAGACCCUAUUUCAGCGAUACAAAGUAUUGAGAAUAGAAGAAAACUAACGGGAAAAUGAAAAAAAACAAUGACGAGGGUAUAUAAUCCGCCACCAAAACGAGCGUCAAUCUACAAAAACGAUGCAGCAGAGGCUCUUCUUUGCUUGAGCGAAAGGGAACACGCUAAAAGAGACGUAGCUGACACCUCCUAUCCUUAUGUGAGAAUAGUACAACAUCCCGUGAUAUCCAAGAGGACCAAGACGAACUUCUUGUUUUAAAGAAAAAAGAUGCUGCUGUUCAAACCAACCUAACUCAUGAACAUCUUAAAACUUAUGCGACUGAGUCAUUGGUUAACACCAGCAAUAUACAGAAAUGCAUGUUUUUAGAAAAUGUGGUUAAUGAUUCAGCCCAUUAUACAGGCCUACCAGGUGAAAUGUUGAAAAUACUUUUUGAGUUCGUGAAAGCAAAGGCUUCCAGGCUUAUCAAAUGGAAAGUGAAGAAAACAGCAAAAUAUAAACAAGAAAAAAAGAGCAGUGCUAGGAUCCACAAAACUUCUACAUGGGCUAAACUUUCAGUUUAUGAGCAAUUUAUAUUCACAUUGGUCAGGAUCAAAAGAUUCCCUAGUCUCAAGAUGUUAUGUGAUUUAUUUGGAAUGUCAGAAACUGUUGGUAGCAGCAUAUUUUUGACAUGGGUGAAGUUUCUUGAGAAGGAAUUAAAGUUAUUUAUUCCAUUUACCACUUUGAAAGACAUGGAAGGAAUAACCCGGCCUAAAGUUUACGAAUCUAAUCCAUGUCUUCGUGCAAUAAUUGAUUGCACAGAAUUCUAUAUACAAAAACCUUCUCUUCCUUCAAGUCAAUGUCGGACACAUAGUAACUACAAAGGCAGAAAUACCUUCAAACUAUUUAUUUCCAUGUCACCGCUUCUACAUAUCAACUAUAUCUCUACAUUGUUCAGUGGUUGCAUAAGCGACAAGGAAAUCAUCAAGAGAUGUGGAUUUUUGGAAGAGUUAGCUGCAGGGGAUGAAGUCAUGGCUGACAAAGGAUUUAAUAUCCAGGAUUUACUUGCCCUUCAACAUGUCCGUUUAAUUUCACCUUCAAUUAUGCAUAAAGGUAAUGUUGGCACUGGUGCAACAACAAUGACAAGGAGAGUAGCUACAAAGAGGAUUCACAUUGAAAGAAUUAUUCAACGACUGAAGUCAUUUAGUAUAUUACAAGGUGUAGUCCCAUUAACAAUGAAAUCAUAUAUUGAUUCUGUUGUGUCUAUCUGUGCAGCAUUGGUUAAUUUGCAACCACAGAUUAUUGCAUCACCUUAAAAACAUUGUAUAUAGAAGCUUUAAAAAAUAUACAAUAAAAUAUUCCUUUGUGUUAAUAAACUUAGAUCAAUGCAGAGUAAA